GAAACGGAACGGCGGGCGACUUUGAGAAGAUUCGACUUUUUUUACCGUGCCUGUUGUUGCCAGGACUUCCGUUGUAUGGGGCCUUACAUGACUUAUCUAUUGCCAGUUCUUUGAAAAUAAUAAAUUCAUUUAUUGGUAUUGUCCUAGCUUUGUUACCAUUAUAUUCGAUCUGGUGUGUAUUUGUGCCUACUUUCUCGUUGACGUCUUCAAACUACAUGUGGUUUAAACCUUAUUUCCUAACUACCGUGCUUAUCAUUCAACAAUUCAGUGUGGAAGAGAAUAUCUCAAACCUUAUCUUGUUAGUUCCAGACUAACAAACUUACUAAAGUCGAUACGUAUAGAUUGUGCUUGUAUUCAACUGUAAUUACAGUCAUUUCUGCCGCAAAAGUCGUCGAGGAAUAGUUUCGUAAUUGCCACUCGAUAUAUCAUUGUGGACAGGAAAACACUUGUUUUCAACAUUGCCAAAUAUUUAACUUUUCCUCAGUCUAGUGCUAGUUGGUAUUAUAGUUUAUCUUCUGUAUUGUUUGGCUCAUUAGCAUUUGCUUUAUCAGGGUAUUCAGCAUACAAAUUACAGCUAUGUUCACUAAAAGUAUUAGAACUUUUUCGAUCAAUGCUUUAGAAAGCUUUUCGAUCUAGAUAGUCCUGCGUAAUAAGGUUACCACUAUCUAAUAUCAUGUAGAAUGUUUGUAAAUUUUAUUUUUCAACUUGCCUAAACAUUUGCUAUCACUAGGCACUGUUAUUUCACAUAGUAAGCUUCCGUGAGAAAGGUAACCAUUUUGUGGAGUCCAACUUGAUUUGUUGUUAACAUCCACCUAUUUCUGCUUCCACAUUUUCCUCUUUCUAAGAUCUCUUCAGCCAGACGAGUUUAAUUGUGGUGAUUAUAACCCGUCAAUUAAGUACCAUUUCAAUUAAGUUGUCCACGAGUUCAUAUAGAAUCUCCUAUCAGUCAUUCUUUUAUAAACAACGUAAAACCUGCCUCAGCCAUGCAUCGGUUCAAGUUUUCAUGCUGUAUUAGCACAGCAAAAUGAACUUGUCGAGACAAAUGUUAGAGUAUUACAGCCGGUAGUGAACGUGUAUCUAUUGAAUGAGUGAGGUUUUUAGUUUAGGUUAGGAACGAUGUGCUUAAGCAAAUUUUUUGGAUGGCUUUCAAGUUACAACAGUAAAUUUAUCGUUUUAAUUUCUGCUUUUGAAUGUAUAGGGUGAUGCUGUGGGUGAUAUAAUCAAUCAUAAUGAUCCUGUGUUUCUGAUGAUUUGUUUAAAGUUUUUGAAUACGUGUCCAAAAUCCCCUUGUUUGAUUACGUCAAAUGUUCCAAUAGUAAUCAGACGUGAUACCCUCAGUUUUGGUCCUACGUUUAUCAGAAAAUCACAAUCUUACAAGGAAAGAAGACUGCUAGGUUAUUCUCCGGAAAACAUGUUUGAUAUUGCAAUUGACGUUGGUCGUUAUUCAGAAUUUCUACCUUGGUGUAACCGAUCAACUGUUUUGGAACAAGGUGAAGAUAACAUGCUAGCUUGUCUGGGUGUUGGAUUUCCUCCACUUAGUGAAUCAUAUAUGUCUCGAAUAACAUUUCAGCGACCAAAGCACUUAAAGUCUGUCGCACAAAAUACUGGAAUGUUUCAUCAUUUAAUUAAUGAAUGGUAUUUUCAUCCAGGUCUCCCAGACAAUCCGAAUUCUUGUUAUGUAGAGUUUUCCGUGGAUUUCGAAUUUCGUUCACCACUUUAUUCAAAAAUUGCUGGAUUAUUUUUUGAUCAAGUUGUUACUGUUAUGGUAAAUGCUUUUAUGAAUCGUGCUCAAGUACUACAUGGUAAACCAUCCAUUGCUUCUCAAAAGCCAAACAUAUUAAUUUAUAACAAAUAAUACUAUAAUUAUUAUAUAGUUGUGAUCAUUUGUUCAAUGUAUAAGUGAACAGAUUAUUUUUUUGUAAAAUAUCGAAUAAAUACUUCAUAUUGUAGUUUCUAUGUGAAUAGUUUUCACUUUGUGUUACCCCAAAAAGAUCGAUUCUGUUGUUGUUGUUGUUUGUUGAUACAUUUAUGAAUGAAAAACAAAAUGAUAAAAAGAGGUACAUUUUUCGGUUACAUCCAGUAGGAUUUUCCUUUCUGAUAUAUAAAAGUACUGCUCUUUUGUAUUUCAAGUGUCUUGCUGAAAACAAAAUACCUCAUGGAUGACUAAAGAGAUAUACAUAUAUCUCUUCACAUAUAAAUAUACUGGAGUUUGUUGUUAUUUCUUGUUGCUGGGUGAAAAAAGUCUCAUUCUCUUCCGUUUUUCCUUUUUUUUCCAACUUUUGUAAUAGAAUACAAAACAAUAUUCCAAAAUUGAUGUGCUUGCUAUACUUUAUUAUUUCUAAUUUUAUUGUUGCUUGUAUUAAGUCUUGAGCUAGUUACUAGUAAUUGAUGAUACUUUAUCGAAUCAUCUUUUCUUCUCCUUCUUUCUUCUUUAUUUCUUUGAUUUCAUUUUUGUAAUUAGCAAAUAAAUAUACGGGAAAGUGUAG